UAUCGUAUGCCAGCUUUUCAGUGCAGGGAAGUAGAUGCUACGUGUACUUCCUGCCUCUCUAAACCGCUAGCUAUCAGCUCUGCUUCGAGAGCUAAAGGGUAUCGCUGGAGACACUUAAAACUUGCAAAAACAAGGAGGACAUAGGAUAAGAAGUGAAAAUGAAGAAACAGUUUAAUCGGAUGAAACAACUGGCCAACCAAACGGUUGGGAGAGCUGAGAAGACAGAGGUUCUUAGUGAUGACCUUUUACAGAUCGAGCGGCGUAUGGAGCUGGUGCGUGGGGUCUCUCACAACGCGCACAAGAAGCUGAUCACAUGUCUGCAGGGGCACCUCGGCACCGACGCGGAGAAGAGACACAAGAAACUCCCCCUCACGGCGCUAUCACAGACCAUGCAGGAUGGAGGAGCUCAGCUGGGAGAAGAGUCUCUGAUUGGUAAGAUGAUGGAGGUCUGUGGGGAGGCAGAGAACCGUCUGGCCUCUGAGCUGAUGCAGCAUGAGGUGCAGAUCGAAAAAGAUGUCCUUGACCCCCUUAAUCAGCUAGCAGAGGUUGAUAUUCCCAACAUCCUGAAACAGCGCAGGCAGCUGGCCCGGCUGGUGCUGGACUAUGAUUCCGCAAAAGCUCGAUGGUUGCAGGCAACCAAGUCGGUAAUCUCAGGAACAAACACUCAAGCACUGACAGCCAAGGUGGACUCCCUCAAAGAGGAGGUGGAUGAAGCUAUGAACAAAGUGGAGCUCUGCAAGGACCAGCUGGCUGCAGACAUGUACAAUUUCUUCUCAAAAGAGGGGGAUUAUGCCCGCUAUUAUGUAAUGUUAUUGGAAGCACAAGCUGAUUACCAUAGAAAAUCUUUAGCAGUGCUGGAAAAUGUGCUGCCAACCAUUCAAGCGCAGCAAGACAGCUGGACUGAGAAGCCUGCCUUUGGGACGGCUCUUGAGGAGCACCUGAAGCGGAGCGGGCGGGAGAUCGCGCUGCCCAUCGAGGCCUGCGUGAUGAUGCUGCUGGAGACCGGCAUGAAGGAGGAGGGCCUGUUCAGGAUCGCCGCUGGGGCCUCCAAGCUGAAGAAGCUGAAGGCGGCGCUGGACUGCUCCACCUCCCAGCUGGAGGAGUUCUACUCUGACCCCCACGCUGUAGCCGGUGCUCUGAAGUCCUACUUGAGGGAAUUGCCAGAGCCUUUAAUGACCUUCCAGCUGUAUGACGAGUGGACACACGCAUCCAAUGUGUCUGACCAAGACAAAAGGCUGCAGGCAUUGUGGGUGACAUGCGACCAAUUGCCAAAGAACAAUAAGGCCAACUUCAGGUAUUUGGUGAAAUUCCUGGCCAAGCUUGCCCAGGACAGUGAAGUCAAUAAAAUGACCCCCAGCAACAUUGCCAUUGUACUGGGUCCCAAUCUGCUGUGGGCUAAAACAGAAGGGACCCUGGCAGAGAUGGCAGCAGCUACCUCUGUUCAUGUGGUGACCAUAAUCGAACCCAUCAUCCAGCACGCUGACUGGUUCUUCCCUGAGGACGUGGAGUUCAACGUGUCGGGCAUGUUUGCCAUGCCCACCCCUCUUGCAAACCACACCAACCACCUGAGCAUGCCUGACUUGGACUCGGGCACUAUAGAGAGAAAGCGGCCAGGCAGCGUGGUCCUGCCGGAGGGCGACGGUCCCCGCAAAGACAGCCCUGCUAAUAAAUUAUCGGACCACACCCCCCGUAGAGCCAGCACUCUAAAUAGAAAGCAGCACACUUCGCCUGCCUUCCAGCCCCCCCUGCCCCCGGUGGAGGCCGGGGGGGCUGCGCCGGUACAGUGCGGUACCGAGCUUCCGCCCGCGCAGCAGGCUCAGGCCACGGGUUUGGGCCUGGAGGUGGGCCAGUCCAGCGCGGGGUUACCGGCCGCGGCGUCGCCGGCCGCCCAGCACGCUGAAGAGCUCAGCUUCUCGAAGCCCCGUGACCCCAGCUCCACACCCCCUCCUCAGAGGAACGGAGGGGCGGGCGUGCAGGCGAGCGGCCCCAGCGCGGCCGGUGGCGCGGGGCAGCUGGGAGUGGGGGCCCCGCAGCCGGGCUCGAUGGGCCCCAGUCCGCACAUGGUGCGCAGAGGUACCAAGAAACCUGCUCCUGCUCCACCUAAACCAGUGAAUCCCCCUCCAGGACAGCCCAGUGUUCAGACACACUCAUCUUCAGCAGCCAAUCAGCCUUUAGCACAACCUCCCAAACCUUCCUCUGGCCACUCCCCUACCAACCAGAGCCCCAGUCCGAGCGGGCCUCAGCCCUGUGCUACACCACGCCGGCAUUCCAGCAACCAGCCACCAUUCCACGCCCCCAGCCACCCCCCUCCCCAGCCUCCCUCACAGGUCACGCCCCCGCCCCACACCAAAACCAUGAGUCAGGCAGCAGGCGAGCCUGGCACAGAACCGUCUCCACCCAGCACCCCGACUCCACCCGACAGCCCCUGUGCCACGUCCUUCACCCCCUUUCAGUCCGGCUCUCUCUCUCGGCCGCGACCCGUACCGAAGCCCAGGCACCGGCCCAGCGUGCCCCCGCCCCCACAGCCCCCCACCAACAGUAACGACAGCACCAACGGAAUCUGCAGUUCCGCCUCAAAGGUCAUCACUGAUUCCUCUGUGACUCUGAAAGGGCCUAGUCACACUUUGACCCCCGAGCUUGCUGCAGAGCAGCAGGCCACAGGCCCUGCCAGCCAGGAGUCUUCCAUCACCCUAUCCAAGGACACAGAUCUGGACUCAGAGAGUACCGCCUUGUAAGGAAGAGGACAUGCCCCUGCUUCUGAGACGCCACUCUCUCCAAAGCCUCCCAAACAGCCAAACGCGCCCCACUGCUCUGUCCACACACUGACACCUACCCAAACCCGUCACCACAUUUCCACCGUCAGCCAUUUACCCGUUGCACAAGAGCAUCAGACAAUCAAAACGCCACUGUAAUAGGACUGCCGCAGGGAAUCCUCAUUGUACAUGAGGAGGCCUUAUGAAUCCUCAUUCUGCAGCACUGAGGAGGCCUUAGGAAAGCUGCUGCUUAUUAAUGGGCGAUAUAAUUAUGCAAUAUGAAGUUUGGAAAUCAAACUGAUCAAAAUGUAUGAAUGGAUCACUGCAUCAUCUGGGAUAGUUUUGUUGACAUUGAUGGGUGAUGGCUUGUAUGUUAUGGGCAGAAAAAAAGAAACUGCUUUUUCUUAAUAGUUGAAGUAAGGUUGUCUUUAAUGUACUUUUUCAGUUUUUGGGAUGCAUUUUUUCCCUAAGUAUAUGACCUUUGUUUAAAAAAAAGAAAUCUUGAUGUAGCUAAUAUUUUAAAACAAUAUAAGUACUGGAGAAGAGUGGGUUGUGAAAGUAGAAACCAAAAACCUUAUUGCUGUAAGUGAAGCUGGUGACUGCAGGUUUCCAGUUGUCAGUUCAUACAGUUUACGCCUGUCCUCUGCUCAUUUAAUCUAUUUAUUUCCAUGAACACAUUCCCUGUGAUUGAAGUGUUAAUCCUUUUUUUGUUUCUUGCACCAUGUGGGUUAUUGAUGCCACUAUACGCAAGUAGCGGUACAUGCUGAUAAUUGCUUACAGGGGAUAUAUGAAGAACAAAUGGACUGUUAUUGGAGUGUUAUUGAUGAUGUUAUGCCUAGUUCUAGAAUCCCAUUGCUAUUUGAUAAUUACCUACUUUCACUGGCAAUGUGGCAGGUUAGAUGAAGGUAAAUGUAGGGUGUGAUUGCUUCUUUCUAAAUCAGAGUAGUAACCAUUGCUGCAAGCACAUUCAUGAAAACUGCUCACUGGCAGAAUUCAGACCCAGUGGGUACACUCAACAUAUUCAGGCUCUUUCCUUCUUUCCACUGAGCUGUAUUUUGUAAUUAACAGAAACCAUUGUAAAACUCAGCAGUGAAGUGGUAAAAGAUUCUUCAGCCCGUAAAGCCUCAUUGGCAUUGUUUGUCAUGUUUUCUUCAAUAUAAAGUCAAUACUCUGCUCAGAGACCAGAACCAAAAUGGUACCACGUCUGGGCUGCUUUGAUUACUUAUAGAAGAUUAUUUGUAAAUGUUUCAGUUCUCGUAAUGGCUAUCUUCCAGAAACAAUCUUGCCUGUUGAAAUCCUCUAUUCCUUGCUGCCUUAUAUCUAUAUUAAGUGCACUUCGCUGUCUUGCCUUGGUCCGCACUUGAGACCUUUUUGUAAAGGCUCAGAAAAAUAAACAAUGGUAUUCACAGAAUUGUUUAUGCUGCAUUUAAGCCCAGCAGUCUUUCUAAUUAUAUAUAAAUUUACAAAAUGUAUAAUGCUUGGCAAAACUCCUUUUCAAAGUAAUAAAGAAAAUCCAUUGAAAUGCUGA